CCCCCGCCGCGCCCCGCGCCCGCCCUUGUUAGCAGGCGCCUCCCGCCCCCCGCAUUGCUGAUGCUGCUGCUGGCAGACAUGGACGUGGUGAAUCAGCUGGUGGCCGGGGGUCAGUUCCGGGUGGUCAAGGAGCCCCUUGGCUUCGUGAAGGUGCUGCAAUGGGUCUUUGCCAUCUUCGCCUUUGCCACAUGCGGCAGUUACACCGGGGAGCUCCGGCUGAGCGUGGAGUGUGCCAACAAGUCAGAGAGUGACCUCAGCAUCGAGGUUGAAUUCGAGUACCCCUUCAGGCUGCACCAAGUGUACUUUGAUGCACCCACCUGCCGAGGGGACACUGAAAAAAUCUUCCUGGUGGGGGACUACUCCUCAUCGGCCGAAUUUUUUGUCACCGUGGCUGUGUUUGCCUUCCUGUACUCCAUGGGGGCUCUGGCCACUUACAUCUUUCUGCAGAAUAAGUACCGAGAGAACAACAAAGGACCCAUGAUGGACUUUCUGGCCACAGCAGUGUUCGCCUUCAUGUGGCUGGUUAGCUCAUCAGCGUGGGCCAAGGGGCUGUCAGAUGUGAAGAUGGCCACUGACCCAGAGAACAUUAUCAAAGGGAUGUCUGUCUGCCACCAGACAGGGAAUACAUGCAAGGAGCUGAGGGACCCUGUGACCUCUGGCCUCAACACUUCAGUGGUGUUCGGAUUCCUGAACCUGGUGCUCUGGGUCGGCAACCUGUGGUUCGUGUUCAAGGAGACAGGCUGGGCUGCCCCAUUCAUGCGCGGACCUCCUGGCGCUCCCGAGAAACAACCAGCGCCUGGGGACGCCUAUGGCGAGGCGGGCUACGGGCAGGGCCCUGGCGGGUACGGGCCCCAGGACUCCUACGGGCCCCAGGGCGGCUACCAGCCCGACUACGGGCAGCCAGCCGGCGGCGGCGGCGGCGGCGGCUACGGGCCUCAGGGAGACUACGGGCAGCAAGGCUAUGGCCCUCAGGGUGCGCCCACCUCCUUCUCCAAUCAGAUGUAGUCUGGUCAAUGCAGCCCGGGAGGACCCCAUGUGUGGGCAAGAGCUCAGAAGCCCUGCCCCCUUUUCCACCCCUCCACCCCAGGUCUCCGCCCCUCAAGCCAGGAGACUCUUUGCUGUAUGUGUAUGUGUAUAUAUAUAUAUAUAUAUAUAUAUAUAUAUAUAUAUAUAUACACAUAUAUAUAUAAAAUAUAUAAAUAUCUAUUUAUCUGUCUGAGCCCUGCCCCACUCCACACUCCUCAUGCAUGAGGGGCCUGACCUUGAGGGGGCCCCUCUCCUAACCUUACCCCUUCCCUUGCAUACCUUGGCCCCUCUCUGUCCCCUGGCCCUGUGCCCUGAGGUUGGGGGACUCUGAAAGGGGGACAGGGAAAAGACAGAUCUCUGCUAUGUGGGGAGGGUCGGGGUGACUUCAGACUCUCUCCCCUCUCUCCCUUCCCUCCUCCCAACUGGCCUUGAUUCCUCCAGCAAUGCCCAAACGGGGAUGAUUAGGGGAAAUUCAGCCCUGAGAGGGCAGAAAGGCAGACUGGGGGACUUGACCCAUGGUGGACUUGGAGAGGAGCUCUGGGGUGAAGAGGACUAGUAAGCAAGGGGUUUGGGUGCCAGACACACUGGAUCUAGAGUCCAAAGAAGAGGGGUGCCUUAGAGCAUUCUGGAGUGUGGCUUGGGAUGAGGCUGGGGGCAUGGUUCUAGAAUGGGUGGAGCUUUGAGUGAGGCAGGGGUUGGGCCUCCAAAGUGGGCAGGAUUUGGAACAGGACAGGGUCCUAUGGGAGGGGUGUGACUGGGGACCUGGGAACUGGGUUCUAGAGGGGUGGGGCCUGAACCAGACGGUGGGAGAGGUUCUAGAGUGGGCAGGUCUUGGAUUGGGACCAGAGGGUAAGGAAGGGGUGUAGCUAGGAAUAUUCAGGAGACGGAGUUUGAUUCUACAGGGGGCAGAUCUUGUGCAAGGCGAGAAGUGGGAUUCAGGAAUGGGCCAAGCUUGAGGUGAGGUCGUGGUCUGGGUUCUAGACAGGGCGGGGAUUAGAGUGGGUGUUCAUGGUGGCUUCAGAAGGGGCAGCCCUCCCCAAUAGAGCAGUGAAAAAAAAUGUUUUAAAGUGGGCAGGCUUAGCAGCGGGGGGCAGGGGGUGGGGGGGUGGCGGGAAUAUCCCUGACGAGAACUGAGUACUGAGGUGACCUGGGAGGACCUGAAGGCUUGGAGGGUGAGGGGUGGGAUCCAGAGAGAAGCACCCCCCACACCCUUGCCCACCCCGGUAGUCAGAGGACAGAGCCAACGGGUCUGUGGGGCCGGCCCACCCCUCCCCCGCUUCCCUUGCCUCCUCCCUCCCUCCACACCCGCACCGUCCCAGGGUGGUUGGAGGCCCGGUCUGAAGUCCCUAUCCUGCACCCUCUGCUGUGUCUAUGACGUCGGUAGUGCCUGUGAUUGUGUGUUGCCAUUUUGUCUGGCUGUGGUCCCUCCCCCUCUCCUCCAGACGCCCACCCUUUUCCUAGCCCGUCGGUAUUGUUUGAAGACCUCCCCGAGGAAGAACAAAUAGGAUUAAUUCUCCUCCCCUAAAUAAACUCAACCACCGAGUCCACCCGGAUCUGA